UGGUGCGGGCGGGAGAAAAAGUGGGCGGAGAAACAGUGGACAGGUUAGUCUGGGCUCGCGCUUCAUCUAGUCCUCUUGGGAAAAGGAGUAGGGUUUGCGACUGGAUUGCUUCUUUUGAAUCGGUUCUCUGAGUUGUAGAUAGAUCCAUUCGAAGUUGGUCUCUUUUUUUCUGCCUACCUCUGCCCUUAUUUUCCUGGAAAUAUAUCUGAUAGCCCUUCGCUGUGUGCCGGUGUUUUUCCCCUUGCGUCUCUUUAUCUGUAUUAACCCUUAGGAGAGUCAACAAAAUCCAUGCUGUCUGAAAGCUGUGUGGUUCAAGGAAUGUGGCACUGACUUUGAGACCGGCAAUUCUGGGUUAAAAUAAGGCCGCUUCCAUUUGAUAUGUGUGAACCCAAGUGGGCAAUGUACAUGCCCUCUCUAAUCAUCAUUCAUUUUAUAUUUGUCAAAAGGAAUGUAUUAAAAAUACAAAGUUAAGUGAAAAAGUGAAUAAGUAAAAUUAUUUUAAAAAAUCGAUAAAUUACAGCCCCACCUUCAAGACCCGGUCCCCCAAGAGGCACUGCGCGAAGCCCCGCCAGGGGUUCCCUAGGCAACCGCUGCACCCACACAGAGAUACCAGAGGCGGCUGCGGUCCGGCAGGUCCUGUGGGCUCCUGGGGACUCCUCUGUGCCCGGUAUUUUAUAUUAUGAAUUCUGAAGAGAAUACAGAAGAGUAUCCUUUUGCAGAUAUAUUUAAUGAAGAUGAAGCUGAAUAUAACUUUUUGCUGUCUAAACCUGUUUGCUUUGUUAUAUUUGGGAAACCAGGGGUUGGGAAGACAACCUUAGCCCGUCAGAUAACACAAGCAUGGAAAUGUAUUCGUGUAGAAGCUUUACCAAUUUUGGAAGAACAGAUUGCCAGUGAAACUGAAUCAGGAGUUAUGUUGCAAUCAAUGCUGCUCGGUGGUCAAAGCAUUCCAGAUGAACUCGUCAUGAAGCUAAUGUUGGAGAAGCUCAACUCCCUGGAAGUUUCUCACUUUGGUUAUAUUGUCACUGAACUACCAUCACUUUCACAGGAUGCCAUAACUACUUUGCAGCAAAUAGAAUUAAUUAAAAAUUUAAAUUUGAAACCUGAUAUAAUAAUCAAUAUUAAGUGCCCCGACUACGAUUUAUGCCAAAGAAUUUCUGGGCAAAGGCAGCACAGUAGUACAGGGUACAUAUACAGAAGAGAUCAGUGGGAUCCUGAAGUCAUUGAAAAUCGCAGGAAAAAGAGGAAAGAAGCCCAAAAAGAAGGAAAAGGAGAAGAGGAAGGGGAAGAGGAAGAAGAGCAAGAAGAAGAAGAGGCAUUUAUUGCAGAAAUGCAGAUGGUGGCUGAAAUUCUUCAACACGUAGUCCAGAGACCUGAGGAUUAUUUAGAAAAUAUUGAGAACGUUGUUAAACUUUACAAGGAACUAAUUCUUCAUUCUUUAGAAGAAGUAAUGGCUGAACACAAUUCCCAGUAUCUCAUUGAGCUCGAUGGAAAUAAGCCCCCAGAGGAGCUCUUCAUGACAGUUAUGGACCGACUUAAAUAUCUGAACCUAAAAAGAGCAGCUGUUUUAACUAAACUUCAGAGUGCAGAAGAAGAAAUUAAUGACAUAAUGGACAAUGAUGAGCUGUUCCGUACUCUUGCAUCUUAUAAACUUAUCGCACCAAGGUAUAGAUGGCAGAGAAGCAGAUGGGGACGUACAUGUCCUGUGGCUUUACAAGAAGGUAACAUUUAUCCAGGACUACCAGACUUUUCCGUGAGUUUUCUAGGUAAAAUGUACUGUCUUUCAUCAGAAGAAGCAUUAAAAAAAUUUUUAUUGAACCCACGUCCCUAUCUUCUUCCGCCUAUGCCGGCACCACCAUUUAAAGUAUUCAUAUUUGGACCUCAGUCUUCAGGGAAAACAACACUUAGCAAUUUGCUUGCAGAAAAUUACAAAGGAAAGGUAAUUGACUAUGCCAAACUUGUUCAACCACGUUUUGAUAAAGCCCUUCAGUCAUUAAUAAGCGAUACUAUCGCUGAGGCCACCGAAGCAGCGAUUAAAGCUGUGAAAGAACAGCUUCUCACAAAACUACAAGCUAAAAGACAAGAGUCAACUUUAAGAGAACUUGAAAGGAAGGAGUAUGACAAGUUCCCAACUGAUGUGGAUAAGAGCUUAGAAGAGAUGCAGUCUUCAUUUGAUGAAGAUGUGUUCACUCGUGAAUACCAAAGAGAAAGCUCUUUAGAAGACAGUGAAGACAAAAAGAAUUCAGAAAAUAUCCUCGGUGAUCAAGCCUCUCAAACUGGUAAAGAUGAUGAAACCAGUGGAACAUCUACAUUUAAAAGAAUUCUAAGCUCUAGUCAAGAUCUUAAGUUGUGGACUUCAAGCUAUUCAACAGAAGACUCAAUAGAAGAGGUAACUGCAGAUCAUCCAGAGGUUCUUUCUAUAAUAGAGGAGACUGUAAAAAUGACAAAGGAUAUGAACUUUGAACAUCCAUAUGAAAAACAUGCUGAAAUCCUAGAGGAAAUCAUCAAAGAGGCUGUUGAAGAAAACACAAAUAGGUCUUCUAGCACCCCAAAACAUGGCGGAUGGAUCCUGGACAACUGCCCUAUUAUAAAAGAACUGUGGAUAGUCUUAGUCGAGAAAGGAAUUAUACCUGACUUAGUAAUCUGCUUAUCAGAUACAGAAAACAAUGGAAAAUAUUUACUGAAUAGACUGUAUUUAGAGAAUAAACCUGAAAUUGACUCUAAGAUUUUGGAAAGAUUAUUAGAUGAACUACAAAAGAAAAAAAAAGAGGAAGAAGAAGCAAGAAAAGCCACUGAAGAGGCAUUGAGAAUACAAGAAAACCAAAGCCUGUUGGAAGCUAUGAAUGAGAAAGCAAAAGAACUAGAAGAGACUGAUCCAGAGACUGAAGAGGAGAUUGAAGGUGAGGAGUCUGAAGCUCAGGAAGGGUCUGAGGCCCUGGAAGUAGCCGAGGAGACCAGGGGAUCCUUACCUGAGGAACCUGAAGUGCCGGAGGUCCCUGAAACAGAACCUGAAUCAGUAUCUGAGCCUGGGGAGGAUACUACAGUUGGAACAGACAUUUCAAAAGGAUCCAAAGAGGCCCUGGAAAUUAAAGAAUUGUCGGAAACAGUUGUACUCCCUGAGUUUCCAGAAGAUGCUUAUCCUGAUGUUCCUGAAAUGGAGCCAAUUAAAGAGAAGGCUAAAAAUUUCAACUUUGGCUGGAAACAGCUGGAACCAGCAAUCCAUGAGUCUUUCGUUCAAAUUUUAAACUUGGAGAUUGCUGACAAAACACCAGAGGAACUACUUCAAAAAGUAGUUGAGAUUAUGGAAAAACCCUUCCAGUAUGCAGGAUGGGAGUUAACUAUGGAAGAUUAUGAUGAAGAAACAGAAGACUAUCAGGCCGACGCUGAAGUUGAGGAGGAGCUAGAAGAGGAAGAGGAAGAAGAGGAAGAGAAUGAAGAAAGAAUUAAAGAGAAGAGAAGGCACUUGGGAGAUAGCAAGCACUUUUGUCCAGUGGUUCUCAAAGAAAACUUCAUCCUACAGCCAGGCAGCAUAGAAGAAGCAGCUAAAUAUCGAGAAAAGAUCUACUACUUUUCAAGUCCUGAGGCUAGAGAAAAGUUUCUGGAGCAUCCUGAGAAGUACGUGGCUCAUAAUGAGCCGUUAAAGGCUCCUCCAAUAAGAAUAUGCCUUCUGGGCCCACAUGGCUCUGGUAAAACUGUCUGUGGAAGAUACUUAGCAGAAAAAUUGGGCAUUUUUCACAUUCAGUUUGAAGAAUUUCUUCAAGAAAAACUAAUGCUCAAAACUGAAAAGAAAAUAGGAACUGAAUUUGAAGAAGAUUCUGAGGAAGAACAGUUUGCAAAACAAGAACUUGAAGAACUUGCCAUUCAGGCCAAUGUCAAGAUUGAAGAAGAAAAUACAAAGAAACCGUCUCCAGAAGUACAAUUUACAGAAGACGAAGAAGCAAUCAGAUUAAAUCUAAUGGAAAAUGAGCCACUGCCUCCCGAAAUUCUUGAAACAAUUCUUUCUGAGUGGUGGCUUAAGGAACCAAUGCGUUCCACAGGUUUUAUAUUAGAUGGUUUCCCACGAUAUCCUGAUGAGGCCCUGUUUCUGGGGGAACAUGGGUUUUUCCCAGAUGCUGCUGUUUUCAUACAAGUUGAUGAUCAAGAUGUUUCUGAUCGCCUCCUUCCUUCCCAAAUUGAAAAGUGGAAACUGAAACAAAAGAAGAAAUUAGAAAGGAAAAAACUCAUCAAAGAAAUGAAGGCAAAAAUCAAGGAUGAUAUGAUUUCUAAAAGAAGGGCUGAACUUAUAGCAGAGAGAGAGAAAAAACAGAAAGGGGAGACACAUAGGGAAGAUGAAGAUUUUAGUGAAGAAGAGCCUGAAGAAGAGGAAGAUGAUAUUGACAACAUCCUUGAAGAUGAAUUUCCAAAAGAUGAGGAAGUGAUGAGUGAGGAAGAUGAAGAACAGGAAAUUGAUGCACUUGAACGCCUGAGAGGUGAACUGGGAGAAAAAUUUGAAACAGAUAUGAAUAAUUUACAAGUAAUACAGGAUGAAUGUGAGAAGCUUAUGAUACCAGUAAUUCUCAUUAAUGGAGCUCGGAAAAUCCAUAUUGUACAAUAUAAUUUGAAUAUGAAACUGAAACCACUGGUAGAGAAUCGUGAGAGCAUUUUUGAAAAAUGUUAUCCAAUAGCAUCACACCUUGCCCAGAAAAUGCUGAACUACACCUAUAAGCAUAUAAGUGCAUUUGGCUACUGGGACCCUGUAAAGCUAAGGGAAGGAGAGACAAUCAAGCCAAUUGAAACUUCAGAGAAUCCAGUUUAUGCUGUAAUCCAUCGUCAGUAUAUUUAUUUUUUAUCUAGUAAGGAAUCUAGAGAAAAAUUUAUGAAGAACCCAAUCAAAUAUAUCCGCCAACCCAAACCUAAGCCUACUAUGCCCAUUAGGAUUGCAAUUCUGGGGCCUCCAAAAUCUGGGAAAACUACAGUUGCCAAAAAAAUUUCAAGUGAAUAUGGCUUAAAGCGCUUGUCAAUAGGAGAGGCGAUGCGUUAUGUAUUAAACAGCCAACCAGAAACAGAGCUGGCGCUCAUGUUAAAUUGGCAUCUUCAUAAAGGAAUGACAGCACCUGAUGAACUGGCUAUUCAAGCCUUAGAAAUAUCUCUGAUGGAAAGUAUAUGUAAUACUGUGGGUGUUGUCAUCGAUGGCUAUCCUGUAACUAAGUAUCAAAUCAGCCUCCUGGAAUCUAGGUCAAUCAUUCCCAUGGUCAUCUUUGAGCUGGAUGUGCCUUCCAAGGAGAUUUUCAAAAGAUUGUUCCUGGAAAAAAAAAAGGAACCAAGUUUGCCUUAUCCACUGCACAAUAGCACACAAAUUAUGGCAGUCAAAAACUCAAAACACCGCAAAAAUAUUAAUGAGAUUAGGCAAUAUUAUCAAGAACAACAUCAGAACUGGUAUGUGAUUGAUGGAUUUCACAGCAAAUGGUGGGUGUGGAAUGAAGUCAUUAAGAAAGUUCAAAUGGUGAAUAAAUAUAUGCAGACAUACCUGGAAAGAAUAAACGCAGGAAAAGCUGCAUGCAUUGACAAGUUAUGUAUCACACCUCAAGAACUGAUUUCUCGCCUGGGGGAAUUUGGACAGUUCUGCCCUAUCAGCCUGGCCGAAUCAUAUGAGCUCAUUGAUUGUUCUGUAACUGAGUCACUGAAAUUUGCAGCAGAGUUCAGAGGGCACUAUUAUAAAAUGAGUUCUCAGGAAAAUCUGAAUAAAUUUUUGAAGAACCCAGAAUUGUAUGUGCCUCCGUUAGCACCUCAUCCUCUACCACCUGCUGACAUGAUCCCCAAACGGCUGACGCUGUCGGAGCUGAAGAGUCGAUUCCCUAAGUGUGCGGAGCUCCAGGGCUACUGUCCAGUGACCUAUCAGGAUGGAAAUCACAGAUAUGAGGCCCUAAUACCUGGGAACAUUAACUAUGCUUUAGAAUAUCGUGAUCGUAUAUAUAUUUGUGAGAGUCGAGAAAAACUCGAGAAAUUUUUGAGGUUGCCGCAGAAAUACUGGAAUCAGAAGCUUCCAUACAAACUGCCCCCAUUAAAGGAGCCCAUACACCUCACAAGUCUUCCUUUGCCUGGAUAUCUGGAACAGGGUAUUGCAACUUCACUAAUUAAAGCAAUGAAUGCAGCAGGAUGUUUAAAGCCCAAAUUCCCCUUCUUAAGUGUAAAGAGAUCUGCACUGCUAUUUAUAGCUUUUCACCUAAAAGCCUACAAUCCCAAUGGUUCUGAAUAUACAAAAAGGAAGUAUAAGAAGAAGAUGGACCAAUUUUUGGAGAGAUGUGAACUCAUUACAUAUCUGGGUGCCAAGAUGACCAAAAAAUACAAGGAACCUCAGUUUAGAGCCAUUGACUUCGAUCAUAAAUUACAGACCUUUCUCUCUCUUAAAAAUAUAGACCCAGUUAAUGGAUAGUUUGCUUGGGUAACUGCAACCAGAAUGUCAAGAGUUAUCUGAAAGGGAUGGAAGGAAAUAGGUUGAAAAUCUGGCCCUCUCUGCAGGACUUUUCCCUUCUGGUGGACUCAAAGCACUGCCAGCCAGGAGUGCGUGCACCUUCCUCUAUAAGCAUAAGUCUUAAUAUAAUUUACAAAUUAUUGCCUGAACAUUCUUCCUUUAACAAAAUAGUUAUUCCAUUUAGAGUAACUCAUUUUACUUAAUAAAUUUAUUGUUCAAUUUCCUUUUUAACAUUUUCAGUCUCCAUUAAAGAAAAUUGCUCAGUAGGUGUUAGAAAGCUUCAAGAAAUGAAAUUAACAUUGAUAUAAAUAAAAUAGAAACAUUGGUUACACUUUCAACAUAAAGAGCUGUUUGUAAACGUCAUGAACUAGGACAUGUUAUCAAUUUCCCAACAAAAUAAAUGCAUUUGAAAUAACUAAA